UGUGAAGUUUUUGCGUUUGUAUGAACCCUUUCCUUUACAGCAUUACAGACAGAUUAUGCAGCGUGAUAAAAGCUGUUCUAUUGCCCACAGAGAUUGGCAUAGUAGGCAUCCGGCCCAAAUUUUGCAGUGGAAUUCCGGUGUUCACCUUGUUAAUAACAAAGAAAUUUAAUUUAAGCACGGAACUUUCUUUGGACCCGAGUCAUAACAUGGAUUACCGGGAUUAAGAGAUUUGAGAUAUAGGUUCUUUAUUAAGUAAAACAAAUUCUGAAUUAGUUGUUCCUGUGUGUGUGCAUGGCGGUCUAUGAGUCGUGGAGCUGACAUAUCUUGGACUGUUGAUGAUGAGCGGGAAUAAAGACAUCCGUGAGAGGAAGGCGGAAGUCCUGAACAACUCCUACCGGAAGGAUGGACUGAUCAAGUACGCUGCCGGGGACUACAAGGGGGCCAUCAAGCUGUUCAGUACGGCUCUCAGACUCUGUCCGUCUGACGUCCGGUCCCUCGUCUUCCGCUCCAAGUGUCACAAGAAGUUACGUAACGUCAGGAAGGCAAUUGACGACGUAGAUACAGCGCUACACAUACACAACCUGAACAAAGAGGCCUUGCUCCAGAAAGCUAGCCUGUUGUACCAGUCCUCUGACUAUGAAUUAGCCCUAGUCUUCUACAACCGGGGCCAUAAACACUAUCCCAAGAACAAGGACUUUCUGAUCGGGAUAGAAAAGGCCGAAAUGGGGAUCAACAAAGGCCGGAAGAGUCGGGGAAGACGAAUGAAACUAACGGAGGCAGGGGAUCUUACUUUUCUGGUCCAUAAAGUGCCACAGACAGAGCCCUUUGUGUGGAAGAAGCCGGUCGUCAGAUCCCAGAGCCUUCAAGUUCCGAGCGCCACCUUUAACACUCGGCCGCUGUGUCAACUGAUCCGUAUCCACAAGACGCCGGCAGUGACCUUGACCGAGUCAUUCCACCAGGUCAACGAGGACGACAGCGCCGUGCUGAAUUACGACGAGAAGAGGCCCGAGAGUCGCGUCGUCAAGACGACCAUGGGCAAGUUGUAUAGGGACAAGAAAUAUCUACAGGACUUGGUUGUGGACGAUAAAUUCCCGGCUGUCAUGGGUAGCGCCGGAAGCCCGGUUGGAGACAUGGCGGAAGACGGUCUCAACUUCCUGUUAGAUCGCGCUGCCUACUGGGAUAGGCUAGGACCACUUCCACCUCCACCACCAGCGAGGAGAUUCCGGAGUCGUUUCAGCGGCAGUACGAUGUCUGUCAAUUCCAUGGAUAGUUACAAAACCACGGACACCAAAAGCACGUGGAAGUCCACAGACUCCAUCCAAACGUUUAAAACCGCCAAAUCAACCAGACGUUCAUCAAGCAGUAAAGCAGAUAAAGCGAGCUCCAAGCCUGACCCCAGCCAAGUAGAAUUCAAAUUCCCUUCCAUAAAACUAUUUGACGAGUUUCAUCAAAGGAAAAUGACAGAAAUAUUGGAGGAACAGGAAACAGAAGCUGUUGAGAACAGUAAAACUUCAGAACCGGAGACGGAUCAAAGUCAGGAAGAUACAGCCAAAAAAUCACUGAUAGAUUUCAUGAAUAAAGAAAUGAAUGCAAUUGACGAAGAUUUCAGUUCAAACAAAUUCCGACGUGUCCAGGACCGAUGCAAGGCGUGUCUUGAACUUUUGGGCCGAUAUUCUGAUUCCGACGUCCCCGAGAAGUUCGAAAUGAUUUCAGAUCUAUACAGUUACCUUGGCAACGCCACAAUGCAGCUGGGGAACUUGGACCUUGCCCUUGAAUAUCAUCAGAUGGAUCUAACAAUAGGGGACCAGCUAGACAAAAGGAACAUAAGGUACAGAGCUCUUGGAAACACCGGGCGUGUAUUAAUGAUGAAAGGGAAAUAUAACAAGGCCCUCGAUAUGUUUACCAGAAAAGCACCACUCUGUAUCACACCCCGGGAGACGGCCUCUUUGUUCCACGAGAUCGGAAAUUGUUUCCUGAUGCUGAACAACUUUCACAGCUCCAGAGAAGCCGGUCGCAAGUCGCUAAAAGCUGCAGAGGAGUCUGGGAACGUACAACAACAGCUUCAAGCAUGCGUAUUAGUGGGGUUGGCUGAAGUUAACAUGAAAAAAUACGAAAAGGCCCAUGGUUCCUUCGAGAGAGCUUUGGAUCAUGCGAAAUCACUUGGCGACGAGAGGGCAGAAAUAGCGAUGAAAAAGGCGCUGGUCGACGUCAACAGAAAAAUCGCGCUAAAGCUCAGAAAACGCAACAACGCCCAACAUGAACAGGUCUCGCAUACGUACUCGGAAUCUGACGUCACUACUGCCAGAACAUCCGUCAUGGUGGAAUAACGUCACGUCCGGAAAAUGGAAUUGACUGCCAUGAAUUUCUUUCUUGAAGAUUUGACGCCAUACUUUGAAAACAGUUAUGAUCUAUUUUUCAUGGAUUCGGUAUAACACGAUGCUUUAACGACACAGUUUUGGGGAAUUUGUCAGCAUUCCAUACAUUGAGAAAAGGAGUGGGAGAUUCCUUCACGAGUGCCUGCACUUAUAACUAGUAUACCAUGGAUAACCUUGUCUAUCAGGGUAGGAAUUACCAGAGAUGAACUGUUGAUUGGACGGUCAUUCCAUAUCACUAUAUCAGUAUUAUACACUUUAUAAUCUUGUUUAAGCCUGUUAAUCGGUCUUUGAAUCACUUUGUGCCAGUAUGUCAACAUUGAUUGGGAUAUAAUCAACCUUUUAGUAUUACGUGUAUAUGAAACUUUGUUUUGGUGUAUAUAUUCUAUUCACCCAAAGGGAACAUGACAAAUGUGUAUUGUUUUGUUAUAUUGUUUAAUAAAUAAUAAAGAUACAA